AGCCAACAGACAGAGGGGCUGGGGAAAAUGCAGACAACAGCUAUGUUGCGCACGUCUUCUGCUUAGUGAAAUCUCCUGUGGGGCUAUGCAGUGUGAAUGCUCUAAUAAGUCCAGCAUUCAGACUCCGUCCCCACCACCGCAGAUCGACAGGAGUAUAAAAGGUCUCUGUGACGUUGGUUUGCUUGUGACGCGUUUCGUGUUGAAAACCUGAACGAGUGAAAGGGAGAUGGAGCGGGAGGAAGGAAGGAAAAAUCUGAUUGCAAGUCAUCGUAUAUAAAAAUGAAGUAUCAGCUUCCUGUGCCAACUAAAUUAUAUUGUAAAUCCAUUCAGCAACAUUUAACUGAAGUAAACACCCAAAAUACAAACUAAAUGUAAAAUCUUUUAAUAUGUAUUUUGAUUUAUUACUACAAAGUACUAAACUACCCAUCUUCAUCACAAACACACAUAUAUACCUGACCAGACAGCAAGCAGACGAGGAGAUUUAAUGUAAUUGUUAAUUUCGGCUGGGAACUGCCGCAACACGUUGCAGUUAUCAAUAUUAUGACUGUGACAAACCAGAGGGAAAAAAAGUAAGGGAGGGGGAGGGUGUGUUGAAUCAAGCGCCAAAGCACUGCGAGUGUGUGCAAGGCAGAAAGUGAGCGAGCCAGGGAGCGAACCAAAGCGCGCAUAAGAGAGAGAGGGAGAAACUGCACUGGUGAUCGACGCCAGCCUGCCACCACUCUGUAGCAGUGAGUGGCUGCAACAAAAGCACAGAAUAACAUCUGAGCUCCUCUCCUCUGCUUUUCUCCUCACUGCAUCUCCCCUUCCUUGGUGCCGAGAACUCCACACAACACAGCAGAGACACACGGAACUGGCGUCGCAAGUGCAGCCUCUGCCUGCCAUCAACAAGUUAGGGAUGAAGGACCCCGAGCAAUGAAAGAGGAGAGCGUGAUCUUCAAUUAACCAACUGAGCUGACAUCACUGCAGUGGAAAAGGAAAGAGGCAGCUAAGGGACGGAGGGAUCUGCUCAGCGGUGCUGCUUUGGAUGCAAAUCAUCAACUUCCAAUUUAAGGAUUCUUGGAAGGCAAAUAAUGUCUUAAUCUGGGAAUUAAAUAGCAGGACUGAAGAAAGGACAGACCGGAAAAGAGAAAAAACAGCAUCCCAGGACAUGGAAUUCCUGAAUUUGGUUCAACUGGGGGGGCAUCACACUUCUUUAUUUCUGAAUAGCUUGAUUCCUUUUGUUUUUACCCAAAAGGUUUUUUUCCCUGUGGAUUUCUCUUCCAUCUGGUUGCUCCAAAAGUCUGCAGAAAAAGACAGUUGAAUGCAGCCUCCGAUGUACACAAAAGAAUGGGUUUCCAUUCAAGGUGGCCAUUGGUGGGACAUGCACCAACGGCACUUUGUGUGAUCAGCAUGCUACUGUGCCUCCCUCCUGUGUCAUGCACAACCUGCCCCCAGAAAUGCCGAUGUGAAGACCUGCAGUUUUACUGCGACACGCAGGGGCUCCUGGCGCCCCCAGAUGGUGUGGAUAAAGGGGCCCUUGGACUUUCGCUCAGACACAACAGCAUCAGCGAGCUCAGCUCAGACCAGUUCUUUGGCUUCACCCAGCUCACUUGGCUUCACCUGGACCACAACCAAAUAACCACAGUGCAUGAGGAUGCCUUCCAGGGGCUGUACAAGCUCAAAGACCUUAACCUGAGCUCAAAUCGCAUCACCAAGCUGCCAAACACAACCUUCAUCCACCUCAUCAACCUGCAGAUCCUGGAUCUCUCCUUCAACCAGAUGACAGCUCUGGAGCCUGAGUUAUUUCACGGGCUCCGGAAACUCCAGAUCCUACACCUGCGAUCAAACUCACUGCGUACGACGCCUGUGCGAGCCUUCUGGGACUGCCGGAGCCUGGAAUACCUUGGUCUGAGCAACAACCGGCUCCGUAGCCUGGCCCGGAAUGGCUUCGCUGGGUUAAUUAAGCUGCGGGAGCUCCAUUUGGAACACAAUCACUUGACCAAGAUUAACUUGGCGCACUUCCCUCGUCUGGUCACCCUCCAGUUCCUUUAUCUUCAGUGGAACAAGAUCAACAAUUUAACAUGCACCAUGGAAUGGAAAUGGACAACUCUGGAGAAACUGGAUCUCACUGGGAACGAGAUACGCAUACUCACCCCCGACGUGUUUGAUACUUUGCCCAACCUUAAGAUCCUGCUGCUGGAUAACAACAAACUGACCAGCCUCGAUACCCAAACCAUGGAUAUGUGGAAGUCCCUAAAUGUGAUUGGGCUUUCAAGCAACCUUUGGGAAUGUACCAAACGGAUCUGCAAUUUGGCCACUUGGCUGAGCACCUUUAAGGGUAGAUGGGAACAUUCUAUCCUCUGCCACAGUCCUGAGUACGCACAGGGUGAGGAAAUACUGGAUGCCGUUUACGGAUUCCAACUUUGCCAAAAUUUCUCGGCCCCAGUUAUACUGACCAGUACCAGCACAGAGGCCAUGCUCCCUGAGAUCACAAGCUCCCUGUUCGGAAAUAUGCAGACCCCUACGCAAGACUUCUAUGCAGAGGAUUUUGGGAGCUUUACGAUUGUCACUACUACUACCACCACCACACAACCCCCACGCACUGCCCUCGCUACUACCAUGACAGUGGAGGGGGCAGAGAUUACAGAGGACUACUCUGCAAUAGACAACACAGUGCUGACCCAGAGGGUCAUCAUUGGCACCAUGGCUCUGUUGUUUUCCUUCUUCCUCAUCAUUUUUGUAGUGUACAUAUCACGAAAAUGCUGCCCUCCCACACUGAGGCGGAUCCGCCAUUGCUCGGCCAUUCAGAACAGGCGACAGAUGAGGACCCAGCAGAGACAGCCAAUGGCCGACCUAGCCACACAGGUGCCCUAUAACGAGUACGAUCCCAGUCACGAGGAGGGUGCACUCGUGAUCAUCAAUGGCUACGGGCAGUGCAAAUGUCAGCAACUGCCUUAUAAAGAGUGUGAAGUAUAAACUAUUUAUUCCUGCAGUUUCCGGGUUUAACCAUUUGUCCAUUUCAAAAGAAACAGGGUUUGCUUUUGGACUCCCCCCCCCCCCCCCCCUUUUCAGUUUGUAUGAAGAAUAUUUCUUUGAAAUUGUUAGCUUUGGAAAUCUAUGAAAGCUUGAGAUGACUGGGAGGUAUUGUAAAAGAGGAAAUAUAGAGAAAUCAACAAGUUUAUUUUUGUAAUACAAAAUGCAAAGGUUCAUAUCUAGCUGGGGCAAUCAAUCUCAGCCAAGGAAGGUUGGAUGCAUCACAGCAUCACCAGUUUGUGUACUAUGUAUUCUGCAGCACAGAGGAAAUGAGAAAUCUAUAGCCAAACCGCCUGGAACCCUGCGCUCCAGAAACCAGUUUAUAAAAUGACAUAUCUUCUGAUAAAUGGUGAAAUUUUAUUCCAUGGAAAAAUAGUUACAUAUGCUGAGCAGUGCAAAUUUAAAAGGAUUUUUUUGUAAAAAAAUAAAAAUAAAAAAAGAAUUUUCAUGCACGUUAGCAAAACUAUAGAUCUCACUCACACUCACUUUUGGAGACAGAAAAAAAAUGGGCACAAAGCAUAUUUUUUAAACUCACAUUUUCUAAAUUGAAAACAAGUACUGAUACAAAUAGAGCCACAAUGAAAUUUGAACAGGGAAUUCAACCCACUCGCAUUUUUUGGCCACCUUAGGUGUCCGAAAUGAUCAUUUCACUUUGAUCAAGUCUUAAAUUUAAACCAAUGAGACCACUUAACUGCCUUCCCAUUUCUGCAUUUGGAUAAAUUCAAUAAACUCUGUCUGCUUCCUUGAAAUCUUAAAGCCUAGCACUUUGUGUAAAAAGGUUAAUGUCCAAUAUCGCCCUGCACUGGUUCUAACAAAAUGUCUGAACAAGCUCCCUCAUAGGCAAUCCCUCAAUUAUCAUUGUGCAUAUAUUCUUACAUGAGAUGGCUCCAAACUCUGACAUCCUCACUGUGAUAGAACAAUGCUGCUUAGAUCACUGCGUCAUUAAUUAAUGGAAGAGACCAUCAAGGAAUGCUAGACGAAGAAGCAAACACCAGCGAGAACACCUUCCUAGGGAGAUGGGAAGAGCUAGAAAAAGAAGGCAUGCAGAGGACACUGACAAUUGCCUCCUAAAAAUACAGGCGUACAUUUGCCGCACUGUUCGAAUGCAGCAAAGAGCAUAACCAUACCUGACAGCUUCAACAUUGAGUGAAUUAAGCUCAGGGAAAAUUAAUCUAAUAUUCUAUCACCCCAAACCUCUGCCCUGCAAGUUUCAGCCAGUAUAAAAUCAGUAUUAAAAAAAAAAAAAAAAAAAGACAAGAGAGUUACUACUUCAUAGCCUUGCUCCUUUUAGCCCAUGAAGACAAAAAAGGUAUUUUUCGUCUGUGCAAGAAAUAAACAGAGGUUCAUACCAAGGACGCUAAAGAAACAGAAACAGAGAGAAAAGCUGAAGUAAAGUGUAGCGCAGCUCUCAGGAGAGCAUGCAGAAGACGGAGAGAGGCUGGGUCAGGAGAAAUUUGUAUGCAGCACUGAGAGGACAGACAUUAGCAUCAAACUAAAGAAGCCGCUGCUGCAGAAGCUCUUUGUGUUGCAAUCAGGAGUUGGGGGUAGGGAUGCAAAGGGGGUACAGGGAACACAAACACAAUGGUUAGCAUCUAAUUGAAGUCAAUGAGCAUCUUAGGAGCCACCGACUGAGGCUAAAUCAGGGUACAGAAACCAUUAGAGGAAAAAAAAAGAACUGCAUGACAAAAGUGACCGACAACAUCCUGAGCAAUUGCUGGAAAGCUCUGGUCGCCACCCUAGUUGCACCACAGUAAGGCGUAUUGCCUCAUUGGGGAAUAAAGAAAUUAGUUAUUAAGCUAUAUAGCUUAAGAAAAAAAAAGGCUAAAAAUAAAAGAAACAUGUAGUCAUACACAGGCAGAGGUUUUGGGUUGAAAACUCAAUCUGAGAAAUUGGCACCCUCCUUAUGACAGUCGAAAAAACUUAAUACUGAAAUGAAACAUGCCUGAAGAGACUGAUUAAAGUUGUCCUCUAGAGGGUGCUGUAAAAUACCAUGAGUUUGGAACAGCUGCUAAUAUUCUUUUACUAACUCCAACGCCACAAGACACAAUUUUAUGUUGGUAAAGACAAAUAGAAAGGGAAUGCAGGUCUGUAUAGCUGAUCUUUUCCGUGCAGCCAGAGGUCUAGCUGAGAAAUAACAUUCCAAAAUGCAUUUAUCAGAUGCUGUUGGACUGAACGAGGAAACCUACUGCUAACAUUUACCAAGCCAAGAACCUCCACCAAUGGUGUUGCAUUGUUUUGGGUUUAGUGCAGCUGACCUUCGCUUUCUGAAUUCCUCAAAAACAAAUCGCAUGUUUAAAGAAAACAUGAACAUCAGCACCAUCCCCUCAGAAAAAGAAGUAGAAGAAAAAAAAAAUACAAGCCUCACAUCCUGAUCUGAUAGUUCAGACAUGUUGGGGAAGAAAGACUUCCUAAUGAAAUACUGACGAACACUGUAAUGUUUAAACUUUCAUCUUAUAACCAAUCACAAAAAAAAAAAAAAAAAA